AUGGUGCAAUGUCUCGGGUUCUUCCUUCUGCAAGAAACAUACGCACCAAAGCUCCUUGAGUGGAAGCGAAACAAACUGCGUAAAGAGACAAGCAACGAAGAACUACACACUGAGUUCGAUAAUCCUGAUCGAACGCUUGCAACAACUAUUAAAAUCGCCAUGAGAAGGCCGUUCAAGCUGCUCCUCACCCAGCCCAUUGUGCAAGUUCUAGCUUGCUACAUGGCCUACCUAUAUGGCCUCAUGUAUCUGAUGCUCUCGACCUUCCCCAGCUUAUGGGUCACGCGCUAUGGUAUGACUAUAGGGAUUGGUUCUUUGAACUUCAUCUCCAUGGGCAUGGGCUUCUUCCUCGGCACACAGAUCACCGCACCCCUCAAUGACGCCCUCUACCGCCGCCUAAAGAAACGCAACAACGGCAUCGCCGACCAGCGUUCCUCCAUUCUCUCACAAAUCCUUCUCCCCGAAGCAGCCGACCGUCUCGGCCGUAUCCGCCUUGUCAAGGAAUCGCGCGCAACCGACAUCGAGAACAGACUUAUAAUGCUUGCGCGGACUGGCCAAUUACGACAGAAGGUUACAGAAGAUCAGCUCAAAGAGAUACUGGGGGCUGUAGCAGAGCAACAGGAGAAGGAAGAGCAGAAGAUUGUUGUCAACAGGAGGGGAGGGAACUGGGACGAUGAUGAUGAGCUCGAGGAACUCAUGAAGGAUGUAUAG